CUGGCUCCCGCUGGUCAAGUAUGGAUAGUCGGUGUUAAACACUCGUACAGCUCACAUCUACCAAGAUAACUGCUGUUUGAAUAUAUAUAUAUAAAGGCUGAGAAAAUCUAUCAAAAUGUGUGUUCCUGCAAAUCACAGAAGGGACUGAAAACCGACCGGCGUGAUACUGCCAACCUAUUGGUUGAACCAACCUUCAGCAAACCAUCCUAUUGGUUGCAGAUACAGUUCCUAGCAGCUGACAAAUAUUAGAAUAAACAGUGAAAGCUAAAAAUUAAAGUUAAAAAACAAUAUUAAAAUCUAGUGAAAAGCGGAGUAAGUUCCAGAAGGAGAACAGGUUUACUAUGAACUAUUCUGGUGGUAAAAGGGCGCAAAGCGUACCUACAGGACUUGGAUCGGAAAAGGACGAGGUGUACGACAAAGAUUUUGACAAGCUCUUCAAGCAAGAAAGAUUUGACCCGGCUACUCUCAACCCAGAAGGACAAGGAAAUGUUGAUGCCGGAAGAAAUUAUUACAGGAGUGCAAGUACAGAUGGAGGUAUGCAGGGUGAGGAUGAGGAAGGGGAUGAGGGUCUAGCUGAGUCUCCUGUGAAAGCCCCAACUAGAGAUGCUGUAUUAAAGAGGGCAUCUAUCGAUGGAGCGUUCUUUCCUGUAAAAGGACACGACUCUGAGUUCCCACAAAACAAAUCUAUUAUCAAGAAAAAUUUGAAAAAGGGAGAAAUUGGCAAGAAGCGUCAUCGUAAGCCGAGUGAGUCUGCUCAGCAGCUCCCUGUAAUCCGAGGAGUCGAGGUCGAGGAGGAUCCAGACGAGGCUGAGGAUGGAGGACAAGAAUCUGACGAAGGCGUGUCUGAAGCGUCCCUCCCCUGGAAGGCGGGGGUAUACAACCCUGUAAUUGAUACAGAGCAUUCAUCCUCAGCAAAUCUUUCUAAGGAUGUUGGAUCCCCAUCGGUUUUCUCUGAGAAAGGACCUGAGACGGAGAAAAAGAAAGCUAAGUUUACUCUUGGAUUCGAGGAUGAUGAUGAUGAUGAGUUUGGAGAACUGGAAGAGGAUGUAUCUGGACACAGGCAGUACAGGAAGCCUAAUCAGUCCAGGAAGACGAGUAGGAAGGAAGACGACCAUAGUAAGAGGAAAGCAUCGAAGAAGGAGGAUGCCAACAAAUCUAAAAGACCUGAGGCAGCUGGAGCAGCAGCUAAACCUGUAACAGAAGACGAUCUGCAGAAUCUGAAAGAUGCUGAUAUUGAAGAUAUUGGGAGUCAUAGGUUUGAGAAGGCUGCUGGUUGGGGUAGACACAAGAUUAAGAAAACUUCCGUUUCCAUCUCCAUAGAUGUUGAUCAGGAGCCUACUAAAACGGAGAGGGCUGCGAAGUAUGGAUUCCUGAAGGAGGUUGAUCACACUCCUCACCAUCUCUUCGUAGAGAUGGAUGAGCUGGAGGGUGAGGAGUGGGUGGAGAAGGCGAGAUGGAUCAAGUAUGAGGAGGAUCUGGAGGCUGAUGCAGGGAGAUGGGGGAAACCUCACGUAUCUACUCUUACUUUCAGAUCUUUACUUAAUGUCAGGUGUAAUAAUACAGAGGAUAAACCUGAUAUACUUAGGCUGCUGAACUACAGGCACAAGCACGUGGAGCCCCACCACAACACCUUCAGGUUCGGUUUAAAGAGGAACACCUCCAACAAGUCCCUACCGGGAAUUUCAGAUGAUCCUAAACCCUCCAAGAAGAAACGGAGUUUUUACUCCCAAAAACAUAGUUCUCAGUCCCAGGAUCCUGAGUCGGAGGAAAUGCUGGAAGGUCAACGUAGUUCGUUUGGAUUCGAACCACAGAAAUCUGUAGAUUCAGAAACCAAGAAAUCAUCAUUUAUGGGAGUUCACAGAACCUCGUUUGGAGGAUACAAAAGCUCAUCACGGUCACAGGAGAAAAAAGAGGACUCAAACUCUAAUGUGAUGGAGAAGGAAGACGAGAUCAAGCUCGAGAUGGAUGGAUUGGGAGCUACUGUUAAGAGAAGUAGCACUGGUCUUCUUCGUCGCAGUGAUUCAUUUACUGAACAGCAUCUAACCUCCAGGAAGCAAGAUAUCCUGGCAUGCCUAGAGGAGGGUACUGAAGGAUGUUUAACUCUUGUAGGACCUGCCAGGAUCGAGAAAACAGUUUCAGCAUUUGUUAGGCUCGCUAACUCCAUAGUUAUGAACAACACAAUAGAGGUGAAUCUACCAAUGAGGUUUAUUUUUAUCCUGUUAACCCCUGAGAAUGACUUCACAAGAGAUCCUCACGAGAUCGGCCGAUCCUUCUCAACACUAAUGUCAAAUGUGUCCGUCGUUCUACCCCCUGGAGAUUGGCACAACCAGAAGCUGCUUGGUCUAGGAGAUAUUAUGGAUGUCAGGAAGCGACGCCAAGAGCGUCGUCAAGCUGCUCUGCUGAGUAGCGCAGCUGCUGCUAGUGAAGGAGGGGUUGUUAAACCACCUCCAGAGGAAGAGGUGUCUGCCCCAGAAGGAGGAGGAGGAGGAGGGAGGAACCCUCUAGAACGAACCAAUAUUCCUUUCGGAGGAGUUAUCGAUGAUAUUAAAUAUAGAUACCGUCAUUACUGGUCAGAUAUAAAGGAUGGUUUCAGUCCCCAGUGUCUGGCCGCCAUUAUCUUCAUCUACUUCGCUGCUCUCUCCGGAGCAAUCGCUUUCGGAGGUCUCAUGGGAGCCAAGACGAAAAACGAUAUUGCGAUCUCGGAGACCCUGAUCAUGUCCAGCUUGUCUGGGAUUGUGUUUGCGCUGUUUGCAGGCUGUCCUCUUAUUAUUGUUGGACCAACAGGACCUAUUCUACUUUACGACGAGGCUUUGUAUGGAUUCUCUCAAAGUAAUGAAAUUGAGUUCCUUGCCUGGAGAACUUGGAUUGGUAUCUGGACUCUGGUUAUAGCUCUUGUAGUCGCCUUUUUCCAGGGUUCUGUUUUGGUAAAACACUUUACCAAGUUCACGAAGGAUAUCUUUGCGUCCCUAGUAGCUCUCCUCUUCAUAUACGAGGCUCUGCUUAAACUCUACAAGGUGUUUCAAGCCCAUCCUCUUCUUACACCAGAGGACUACUGUGCUAUCUAUAGUGAGAUUCAGCACAAUGAUAGCAUCAGAGUUCGAAGAGAAAUUGGAGAUUUGUUUGAAUCUGAGACAGAUACUACAACUUUAUUCCCUGAAACUUCUACAGAUAUGGAUGUUUUCGAGGAGAGAAAACCAAUGACUGGAGAUUUACCUCAUCCCAACACAGCUCUGCAGUCUGCUAUUCUCAUGUUCGGAACCUUCCUUAUAGCAUACUUUCUUAGACUUUUCAGAAACAGCAGGAUCUUUGGUCGAAAUGUGAGAAGAGCACUUGGAGAUUUCGGAGUCCCUAUUGCUAUUGUUGCAAUGGUGAUGAUGGAUUAUGCUUCCGAUGAUACUUAUACUGAGAAACUGUUUGUUCCUGCUGGUCUUUCGGUAACUAAGAAUGAAACUAGAGGCUGGUUUAUCCCCCCAACUGGUAUCUCUCAACCCCUCCCCAUCUGGGCAAUGUUUGCUGCCUUCCUCCCCGCCAUCCUCCUCUACGUUCUCCUCUUCAUGGAGACACAUAUCUGCGAGCUGAUUAUGAUGGAGAAGACGAAGGGACCGAAUGAUAAAGGAGCAGGGGUUCAUCUUGAUAUUGUUCUACUCAGCGCUAUUAAUAUGUUUACAGGAUUAUUUGGAGGUCCCUGGAUUUGUGCAGCAACUGUGCGAGCGGUCAGUCAUGUAUCCGCGCUCCUUGUCAUAUCAACCAACGUUAUUCCUGGAGAGAGCGCGCGCGUUGUUGGAGCCAUUGACCAGAGACUUACCGCGCUCUGUGUUUCAAUAAUGUUGGGCGCAUCCAUUCUCCUUGCUCCAAUUCUAAAACUUGUUCCGUUUGCGGUUCUAUUCGGUGUAUUCCUGUAUAUGGGAGUAUCAGGGUUGAAUGGAGUUCAGCUCUUCGAUCGUUUAAUCCUGUGUAUCAUGCCGGUGAAACACCACCCUCAGGUUUCCUACGUGAAGCAUGUCAAGACCUGGAGGAUGGUUCUGUUCACCGUAUUCCAGGGUCUAGGUUUAAUCACGCUCUGGGUUGUAAAAUCUACUGCAGCAUCACUCGCCUUCCCGUUCUUUGUGAUCGGUAUGAUUCCGUACAGACGACUCCUGGGUUACAUCUUUACACAAGUUGAACUGGACGCGUUGGAUGGUCCUAAUGCUGGUAAGGAUUUGACUGGACAGGAUGAUGAAGAUGAUGAUUUCUACGAGACAGCUGCCGACUGUCCUGUAGUUCCUAAUUCAGCUGUUCCUCUUCAUAGGAGUAUAAUGGAGAUUGUGAAGAUUCCUGGAGUUUUUGGAAAACUUGAAACAUUUAACGGAAACUUGAAGAAACCAGAAUAGUUAGUUUAUAAUACUUAUUUAACAACAUUUAUAACUGAUUAGAUUAUGAUGACAUUACAGAUAUCACACAUAAAAUAUGAACAGAAAAACGAUAUUUAGACCAAUCCUCGAUUUUAGAUUUGAAAACUGCGUCAACACCCAGUUUUCUUUAUUAUUUUAAUGUUAAUCUUAUUUUAGCUGUAAAUUCGUUGUUUUGGCUUUCAUUUGUCUUCUAAAUCUACUAUUUUGUCUUCUAAAUCUACUAUUUUCUGGGGACCACUGUAGAUAUUUAUUUAACACUGAUACUGGGAUUAGAUUUAACCAAUAUUUGAAAAUGAUGUUUUUUUUUAUGCAUAAUAUGUAUGCAUAACACAUUAUUUACAUAACCUUAUAGUGUAGAGAUAGUUACUUGAUAUAUGUAUUAUCUUUUGCAUAUUGUUUCAGGGUUUCUUAUAUAUUUAACAACAAAAAAAUUGAAAAUUAUCGAUUGCUUAUGACUCAUAAAAAAAUUUUCUGAUUUGGCGAUUUUUCGGAUCUUAAACUUUAGUAAAAAUUAAAAAAAUGUUGUAGCAUUUGUCAAAGUUGUAAAAAUCUAAACGCGGCAUGAAAAUCUUUGAAUUUUUUCUUACUUGCAACGCCUGUCUUGCAAUUGCAGAUUACAUGCAGCUGGUAUAAUAUCAAUUUAUAUAAUUUGA